AAAAAGUGUGUGGGGAUUAGCUGAGCUGGAGCGCACUGGGGAGAAGAGCGUUGAGUUCGGCCGGCCUGGUGUUUUUUGUAAUUGCUGCCAUGGGAAGACACUUGACUAUGAUUUUGCUGCUGAUGCUGCUGGUGCAGCAUUUUGGAAACUGUGAAGCAAAUCAAAGGCCACAUCAUGCUCCACCAAUGCAGUUUACGCAAGUACAGUACAAUGCCACUGUGUAUGAGAAUUCUGCAGCCAAGACUUAUGUUGGACAUCCAGUGAAAAUGGGUAUCUACAUUACAAAUCCACUGUGGGAUCUAAGAUACAAAAUUGUUUCUGGUGAUACUGAGAACUUGUUCAAAGCUGAAGAGUAUGUUCUUGGAAACUUUUGCUUUUUGAGAAUACGGACCAAGGGAGGAAACACAGCUAUACUUAACAGAGAGGUAAAAGACCAUUACAUGCUGACUGUUAAAGCAGUUGAAAAAAACACAAAUGCUGAAACGCGCACAAAGGUCAGGGUGCAGGUACUGGAUACAAAUGACUUACGGCCUUUGUUUUCUCCAACAUCUUACAGUGUGUCUUUGCCUGAAAAUACAGCAAUAAGGACAAGCAUUGCAAGAGUCAGUGCAACUGAUGCAGAUAUAGGGACAAAUGGAGAGUUCUACUAUAGCUUUAAAGAAAGAACGGAUAUGUUUGCUAUACAUCCAACUAGUGGUGUUGUAGUUUUGACUGGUAGACUUGACUACUCGGACACUAAGCGUUAUGAGAUGGAAAUUCUUGCAGUGGACCGUGGAAUGAAGCUGUAUGGUAGCAGUGGCAUCAGCAGUAUGGCAAAGCUUACUGUCCACGUAGAGCAAGCAAACGAAUAUGCCCCAGUAAUUACAGCUGUUACGCUGGCUCCGUCAGAACUGGACAAGGAUCCAACUUACGCAGUUGUAAAUGUGGAGGACAAUGAUCAGGGUUCAAAUGGAGAAAUAGCAUCAUUAAGUAUUGUUGCUGGUGAUCCACUUCAGCAGUUCAAAACAGUGAGGUCUGUUCCAGGAGGUAAAGAAUACAGAAUCAAAGCCGUUGGUCACAUUGACUGGGAGAGCCACCCGUUCGGAUACAACCUUACCCUUCAAGCUAAAGAUAAAGGGAACCCCCCACAGUUUUCGUCUGUAAAAGUUAUUCAUGUAACCUCACCACAGUUUAAGUCAGGUCCGGUCAGAUUCGAAAAAGAAGUGUAUAGAGCUGAAAUAAGUGAAUUUGCCCCUCCAGGCACACCUGUGAUAAUGGUAAAAGCUCUACCUAGUUACCCACAUUUGAAAUAUGUCUUUAAAAAUACACCGGGCAAAGUAAGAUUCAACUUAAACCCUCGUACUGGCCUUAUUACCACGCUAGAGCCAAUAAAAGCACAAUAUUCAUCCCGUUUUGAACUUGAAGUUGUGACAAGUGACAGAAGAGCCUCUGCAAAAGUAUUUAUUAAGGUACUAGGCAUGAACAGCAAUCCUCCUGAAUUUACCCAGACAUCCUAUAAAGCCUCCUUUGAUGAAAACGUGCCAAUAGGUACUAGUGUCAUGAGAGUAAGUGCAAAAGAUCCUGAUGAAGGGGAGAAUGGCUAUGUGACCUAUAGCAUUGCAAAUCUAAAUCCUUUGCCGUUUGUGAUUAACCAUUUCAACGGGAUUAUUAGUACUUCAGAAGACUUGGAUUAUGAAUUGAUGCCGAGGGUUUACCAUUUAAGGAUCCGUGCUUCUGAUUGGGGUAUACCAUAUCGUCGAGAAGUUGAAGUUCCUGUAACUAUUAUCUUAAAUAAUUUGAAUGACAAUAUACCAUUGUUUGAGAAAAUCAAUUGUGAGGGAACAAUUCCCAGGGAUCUUGGUGUUGGAGAACAAAUAACUACUGUAUCUGCUAUUGAUGCUGAUGAGCUCCAGUUGGUGAGAUACCAAAUUGAAUCUGGAAAUGAACUGGAUUUAUUUAGCUUAAAUCCAAAUUCUGGGGUACUUUCACUCAAGCAGUCACUAAUAGAUGGCCUAGGUGCUAAAAUGUCUUUCCACAGCUUGAAAAUUACAGCCACAGAUGGAGAGAACUUUGCAAAACCAUUGUAUAUCAACAUAACUGUAGCUGCCAGUCGCAAACCAGUCAGCUUGCAGUGUGAAGAAACUGGUGUUGCCAAAAUGCUGGCAGAGAAACUCUUACAAGCAAAUAAAUUGCACAGUCGUGGAGAAGUUGAGGAUGUUUUCUUUGAUACUCACUCUGUGAAUCUGCAUGCACCUCAGUUUAGAAGUGCUCUCCCUAGUAGCAUUGAGGUAAGAGAAGACCUGCCUGUGGGCUCCAGCGUAAUACUCAUGAAUGCCACCGAUCUUGACACUGGCUUCAAUGGAAAGCUAGUGUACGUUAUCUCUGGAGGUAACGACGAUAGCAGUUUUACUGUUGAUAUGGAGAAGGGAAUGCUGAAAAUUUUAUCUCCCCUCGACCGAGAAGUAAAAGAUAAAUAUACUUUGAAUGUUACAGUCUAUGAUCUUGGAAUACCACAGAAGUCUGCCUGGCAUCUUUUAGAUAUAAGAAUUUUGGACGCUAAUGACAACCCACCGGAGUUCCUACAAGACAGCUAUUUUGUAGAAGUGCGUGAAAACAAAGAGCUAGACAGUGAAAUUAUUCAAGUCGAAGCCACUGAUAAAGAUAUGGGAUCUAAUGGAGAAGUGAAAUACUCUCUUCUUACAGAUACAGACAAGUUUACUAUUAAUGCUCUUACAGGAGUUGUGAAAGUUGUAGGGGCUUUGGAUCGUGAAGAACAGCAUGUGUAUUUCCUGAAAAUAGAGGCUAGGGACCAGGCUACUGAAGAACCUCAAUUAUUUUCAACAGUUAUUUUGAAAGUAUCUGUAGAAGAUGUUAACGACAAUCCCCCUAAAUUUAUUCCCUCAAAUUAUCAUGUGAAAAUUCGAGAAGAUCUUCCUGAGGGAACCAUUAUUACAUGGCUAGAAGCCUACGAUCCUGAUUUAGGCCAGUCAAGUCAAGUACGAUACAGCCUUCUGGACAGUGGAGAUGGUACCUUUGAUGUUGAUAAAAUAAGUGGAGCAAUACGUAUUGUGCAAAGACUGGAUUAUGAAAAGAAACAGCUUUAUAAUCUGACUGUGCGGGCCAAAGACAAAGGAAAACCCAUUUCUUUGUCCUCUACGUGUUACGUUGAGGUUGAAGUAGUUGAUGUAAAUGAAAAUUUGCACCCUCCACGGUUCUCUAUCUUCGCAGAUAAAGGCUUUAUAAAAGAAGAUGCUCCUGUUGGUUCAUCAGUAAUGACAGUAGCUGCUUAUGAUGAGGACACGGGACGAGAUGGGGAGAUUAGAUAUUCCAUCAGAGAUGGAUCUGGUUUAGGAGUUUUCCGAAUAGAUGAAGAAAAAGGUAUUAUAGAGACUGCUGAUCAUCUGGACUGUGAGACUACUUCCCAUUACUGGUUAACGGUUUAUGCAACAGACCAAGGUGUUGUGCCUCUCUCAUCUUUCAUCGAAAUCUACAUAGAAGUUGGAGAUGUUAAUGACAAUGCCCCUCAGACAACAGAACCAGUUUAUUACCCGGAAGUCAUGGAAAACUCACCUAAAGAUGUAUCCGUUGUGCAGAUUGAGGCAUUUGAUCCAGAUUCUAGCUCAAGCGAGAAGUUAACCUACAAGAUUACUAGCGGAAAUCCCCAGGGAUUUUUUUCAAUAAACCCCCAAACUGGUCUAAUUACAACCACAUCUAGAAAACUAGAUCGGGAACAGCAGGGAGAACACAUUUUGGAGGUGACGGUAACAGACAACGGUAUUCCUGCAAAAUCAACCGUUGCACGGGUGAUUGUGAAGGUUUUAGAUGAGAAUGACAAUAAGCCUCAAUUCUUGCAAAAGUUCUACAAAAUCAGGCUUCCAGAGCGGGGUAAGCCCGAACGAGAGCGAGCGGCCAGGAGGGAGCCCAUCUACCGCGUCAUCGCCGCCGACAAAGACGAAGGGCCCAACGCGGAGAUAUCGUACAGCAUCGAGGAGGGCGACGAACACGGCAAAUUCUUUAUUGAACCGAAAACUGGAGUGGUUUCAUCAAAGAAGCUUUCUGCAGCGAGGGAAUACGAUAUCCUUUCAAUUAAAGCUGUAGAUAACGGUCGCCCACAGAAAUCAUCAACUACACGGCUUCACAUAGAAUGGAUUCCAAAGCCCAUCCCACCUACAGAGCCCAUUUAUUUUGAGGAAACAUUUUUUUCUUUUACGGUGAUGGAGAGUGAUCCAGUUGCUCACAUGAUUGGCGUAAUCGGUGUUGAACCUCUUGGAACACCACUUUGGUUUGACAUAACGGGUGGCAACUAUGACAGUCGAUUUGAUGUGGACAAAGGCACUGGCACCAUCAUUGUCGCUAGACCUCUCGAUGCUGAGCAGAGAUCCCAAUACAACUUGACGGUAGAGGCAACAGAUGGAACCAGAUCUAUCAGCACCCAGGUGUACAUCAAAGUAAUAGACACAAAUAAUCACAGGCCUCAAUUUUCCACUUCAAAAUAUGAAGUUGUUAUCCCUGAAGACACUGUACCAGAGACAGAAAUUUUGCAAGUCAGUGCCACGGACAGAGAUGAGAAGAAUAAACUGAUUUAUACUAUGCAGGGUAGCACUGAUCCCAUCAGUCUCAAAAAAUUUCGUCUGGACCCUGCAACUGGCUCUCUCUAUACUUCAGAAAAACUGGACCAUGAGACCAUGAACCAGCAUAUUCUUACAGUAAUGGUUCGAGAUCAAGAUGUGCCUGUAAAGCGCAACUACGCGAGGAUCAUCGUUAACGUGAGCGACACGAACGAUCACGCUCCGUGGUUCACCAGCCCUUCCUAUGAGGGACGCGUGUACGAGUCAGCAGCUGCGGGGUCGGCAGUGCUCCAGGUUACAGCUUUAGACAAGGACAAAGGCAAAAAUGCAGAAAUUGUGUAUUCCAUUGAGUCAGGGAAUAUUGGAAAUGCCUUCUCUAUAGAUCCCAUUUUGGGUAUAAUUAAAAUUGCCAAAGAAUUGGACCGCAGUAACCAGGAGGAGUACAGCUUAGUGGUAAAAGCCACGGACAAAGGAGAUCCUCCAAUGAGUGAAGUGACUUCUGUGCAUGUGUUUGUUACGGUUUCUGAUAAUGCCUCCCCCAAAUUCACGGCCAAGGAAUACUCUGCCGAAAUCAGUGAGAGUGCCAGCAUCGGUUCGGUUGUUGGGAUGGUUACAGCGUACAGUCAGUCGUCCGUGGUUUAUGAAAUAAGAGAUGGUAAUAUAGGCGAUGCCUUUGCUAUCAACCCAAACUCGGGUGUCAUUAUUUCUCAGAAGUUACUUGACUUUGAAACUUCGCCUGUUUACACGCUAACUGUGCAGGGAACAAACAUGGCUGGCUUGUCCACUAAUGCAACAGUUUUGGUGCAUCUGCGCGAUGAGAAUGACAACGCACCCAUUUUUACACAGGCUGAAUACACAGGACUCAUCAGCGAAUCGGCUUCAAUUAACAGUGUGGUCCUAACUGACAAGAAUAUUCCGCUAGUAAUUCGAGCUACAGAUGCUGAUAAAGAAUCAAAUGCUUUGCUUGUUUAUCAGAUCGUUGAACCAUCUGUCCACAAGUACUUUGCCAUCGAUUCCAGCACCGGUGCCAUUCGGACUGUGAUGAGCCUGGACUACGAGGAGACCAACAUUUUCCACUUCUCAGUGCAAGUGCAUGAUAUGGGCGUACCCCGCUUACAUGCAGACUAUGCAGCUAAUGUUACUAUUUAUGUGAUUGACAUCAAUGAUUGCCCUCCUGUGUUUUCCAAAGAGUUGUAUGAGACGUCCAUUUUGGUUCCCACCUACAGAGGGGUGAAAGUCAUCAGCGUAAAUGCCACUGACGCCGAUUCGGGCAUUUUUUCACAAUUAAUUUAUUCCAUUAUUGACGGCAACAUUGGAGAAAAAUUUUCCAUAAACCCUAAGACUGGAGUUAUAACAGUACAAAAUACAACUCAGCUAAGGAGCAGAUACGAGUUAACAGUUAGAGCAUCCGAUGGCAGAUUUGCAAGCACUGCAUCUGUAAAAAUUAAUGUGAAAGAAAGCAAAGCAAGCCAACUGAAGUUCACACAGAGCUCUUACUCUGCAACAGUGCAGGAGAAUUCCACCGAGGCAAAAACAAUAGCUGUUGUCACUGCUAUAGGGAAUCAAAUAAAUGAGCCUUUGUUUUAUCAUAUUCUAAAUCCAGACAGCAGAUUUAAAAUAAGCUACACUUCAGGAGUCCUUUCAACAACCGGAAUACCGUUUGAUCGUGAACAGCAAGAGUCUUUUGAUGUGGUGAUAGAAGUGACAGAGGAGCAUAAACCCUCAGUUGUUGCUCACGUUGUGGUUAAAGUCAGUGUGGAAGACGUAAACGAUAAUGCUCCAGUUUUUGUCAAUCUCCCCUAUUAUGCUGUUGUUAAAGUAGACUCUGAAGUAGGCCAUGUUAUUCGACGCGUCACUGCUGUAGAUAAAGAUACAGGCAAAAAUGGGGAGGUGCAUUACUAUCUCAAAGAACAUCAUGAACACUUCCAAAUUGACCCCACCGGAGAAAUUUCCCUGAAGAAAAAAUUUGAACUUGACACACUAAAUAAGGAGUAUAUGGUCACAGUAGUGGCAAAAGAUGGAGGAGAACCAGCUUUCGCUGCUGAAGUUGUUGUUCCAAUUACAGUUAUGAAUAAAGCUAUGCCAGUUUUUGAAAAGCCUUUUUACAGUGCAGAGAUACCAGAAAAUGUUCAGCUCCAUAGCCCCGUUGUGCAUGUACAAGCAAACAGCCCAGAAGGACUUAAGGUGUUUUACAGCAUCACGGAUGGAGAUCCUUUCAAUCAGUUCACUAUCAACUUCAACACUGGGGUUGUAAACGUUGUUGCCCCUCUCGACUUUGAGUCUCAUCCAGCCUACAAACUGAGUAUUCGAGCAACAGACUCCCUCACUGGGGCGCAUGCUGAUGUGUUUGUAGACAUAAUAGUGGAAGACAUCAACGAUAAUCCUCCUGUGUUUGCUGAGCAGUCUUACACCGUGACCCUUUCUGAGGCUUCUGUCAUUGGAACAUCUGUUGUACAAGUGAGUGCCACAGACGCUGAUUCUGGAACAAACAGAGGAAUUUCCUACCACCUAGUUGAGGACAGUAGUGGAAGUCAAGACUUCUUCCACAUCGACAGUGUUACUGGACUCAUUCUAACAGCAAGAACUUUGGACUAUGAACAAAUUCAACAGCACAAAUUACUAGUCAGGGCCAUAGAUGGUGGCAUGCUGCCUUUGAGCAGUGAUAUUGUUGUAACCGUUGAUGUAACCGAUCUCAAUGAUAAUCCCCCUCUGUUUACCCAGUUGCUUUAUGAAGCUAAAAUUAGUGAACUGGCUCCUCGUGGGCAUUUUGUGACAUGUGUACAAGCCUCAGAUGCGGACAGUUCUGAUGCCGAUAAGUUGGACUACUCCAUUCUGUCAGGCAACGACCACAUGAAUUUUGUAAUUAAUAGUAAAACUGGCAUCAUAACCAUCUCAAACCUACGCAGACAGCCACUGAAGUCGCAUUAUAAUCUUAAUGUGUCUGUGUCUGAUGGAGUCUUCAGGAGCUCAGCCCAAGUGCACAUAAUUGUAACCAGUGCCAAUAUGCAUAACCCUGUUUUCAGCCAGAAUGAGUAUGAGGUUGAACUAGCUGAAAAUGCCCCAUUACAUACUUUGGUGACUGAGGUGAAAGCAACAGAUGAAGAUUCUGGUACUUAUGGUCACAUCACUUACCACAUUGUAAAUGACUUUGCCAAAGAUAGAUUUUACACCAAUGAAAGAGGGCAGAUAUUUACCUCUGAAAAGCUUGACCGUGAAACACAAGCUGAAAAAGUAAUCGCCAUAAGUUUAAUGGCCAAAGAUUCAGGAGGAAAAGUCGCUUUCUGUACAGUUAAUGUAAUCCUUACAGAUGACAAUGAUAAUGCUCCUCAAUUCCGAGCAACAGAAUACGAAGUAAAUAUUGGAUCUGAUGUUCCAAGGGGAACUUCUGUCGUCAAAGUCUGGGCAUCUGAUGCGGAUGAGGGCACAAAUGCAGACAUCACAUAUGCUAUUGAAGCAGAGUCUGAAAGUGUUAAAGAGAAUUUGGAAAUUGAUUCAUUGUCUGGGGUAAUUACUACAAAAGAAAGCUUAAUUGGUUUAGAAAAUGAGUUUCUAACCUUCUUUGUUAGAGCAGUGGAUGGUGGUUCCCCCUCAAAGGAGUCAGUUGUUCCUGUCUAUGCUAGAAUACUCCCACCAGAAGUGCCUCUCCCCAGAUUUUCAGAACCAUUUUAUUCUUACACAGUUUCUGAGGACCUUCCAAUUGGAGCUGAGAUAGAUGUUGUCAAAGCAGAGCAUAACCAGACUUUGGUGUAUAGCCUUGUCAAAGGGCAUACUCCUGAAAGCAACAGGGAUGAUUUUUUUGUAAUUGACCGACAAAGUGGAAGAUUGAAGCUUGAGAAGAAGCUCGAUCAUGAAGCAACAAAGUGGUACCAGUUCUCAGUGCUAGCCCAGUAUGCGAAUGAAGGUUAUGAUGUUGUUUCCUCAGUAGAGGUAAACAUUCAGGUAAAAGAUGCAAAUGAUAAUAAACCAAUUUUGGAGUCCAAUCCCUACGAAGCAUUUGUUGUAGAAAACAUGCCGGCUGGAACAAGAGUCAUCCAAGUUAAAGGAACUGAUUUAGAUUCCGGACUCAAUGGGCAGGUUACUUACAGUUUAGAUCCUUUGCAAGAACUAGACAUUUUAGAGUCUUUUGCCAUAAACAUGGAAACUGGUUGGAUAACCACUCUCAAGGAGCUCGAUCAUGAGAAAAGGGACAAAUACAAAAUCACAGUGGUUGCAUCAGACAGGGCUGAAAAAAAUCAGCUAUCUUCUAUGGCUGUGGUUGAAGUUACUGUUACAGACGUGAAUGACAACCCUCCACGCUUUACUGCAGAGAUCUAUAAAGGGACAGUGAGCGAGGAUGACCCUCCUGGUGGGGUCAUUGCCAUCUUGAGUACCACUGAUGCUGAUACAGAAGAAGCCAAUAGACAAGUCUCCUAUUAUAUUACAGGAGGUGAUCCCUUGGGACAGUUUGCUGUUGAAAAUAUACAGAAUGAAUGGAAGGUCUAUGUCAAAAAGCCUCUGGACAGGGAAGAAAAGGACAAUUACCUUCUAAAUAUUACAGCUACUGAUGGGACCUUUGCAACUAAAGCUGUGGUGGAGGUUAAAGUUCUUGAUGCUAAUGAUAACAGCCCUGUUUGUGAAAAGGCCUUGUACAGCGAUACUGUUCCUGAGGACGCCCUUCCUGGCAAAGUGAUAAUGCAGGUGUCUGCCACGGAUGCAGAUAUUCGUUCCAAUGCUGAAAUCACCUAUACGCUGCAUGGCACAGGUGCAGAAAAAUUCAGACUGACUCCAGACACAGGUGAACUGAAAACAUUAAUGCCACUUGAUCGUGAGCAGCAAGCAGUUUAUUAUCUUCUAGUGAAAGCCACAGAUGGAGGAGGAAGAUUCUGCCAGUCUAAUAUUAUUCUGACUCUGGAAGAUGUGAAUGAUAAUGCCCCAGAGUUUACAGCUGAUCCUUACUCCAUUACUGUAUUUGAAAACACAGAACCUAAAACACUUUUGACGAGAGUGCAGGCAACAGACGCAGAUACAGGGACAAACCGUCUAAUCCGUUAUUCACUGGUGAACUCUGCAGAAGGCCAGUUCUCUAUUGAUGAAUUCUCUGGAAUCAUUCGGUUGGAGAAACCUUUGGAUCGAGAGCUGCAGGCUGUGUACACGCUGACUCUGAAGGCUACGGACGAAGGCUUACCUAGAAGAUUGUCUUCCACAAGUAGCCUUAUAGUUUCUGUUUUGGAUAUAAAUGACAAUCCACCUGUAUUUGAGCAUAGAGAGUAUAGUGCCAGCGUGUCAGAGGACACUUUGGUUGGGACUGAAGUUCUCCAGAUCUAUGCUGCGAGCAGGGACAUCGAAGCCAAUGCUGAAAUCACCUACUCAAUAGUCAGUGGGAAUGAACACGGAAAAUUCAGUAUUGAUUCCACAACAGGAGCCAUUUUUAUCAUUGAGAACCUGGACUAUGAAGUUUCCCAUGAGUAUUACUUGACAGUAGAAGCCACAGAUGGAGGCACACCUUCAUUAAGUGAUGUUGUAACAGUGAAUAUUAAUGUAACAGAUAUUAAUGAUAAUACUCCCGUGUUUAGCCAAGACACUUACACCGCAGUAAUCAGCGAAGACGCUAUCCUUGAGCAGUCAGUCAUUACGGUUAUGGCAGAUGAUGCGGAUGGACCUUCAAACAACCACAUUCACUACUCGAUUAUAGAUGGCAAUCAGGGAAAUCCUUUUACAAUUGACCGUACCAGGGGUGAAAUAAAAGUGACUAAACUUUUAGACAGAGAAAAAAUUUCAGGCUACACCUUGACAGUUCAAGCUUCAGAUAAUGGAAACCCACCCAGAUUUAACACGACUACAGUUAAUAUUGAUGUUUCUGAUGUAAAUGACAAUCCCCCAGUUUUCUCAAAAGGAAACUAUAGUGUCAUCAUCCAGGAAAACAAGCCUAUUGGAUUCAGCGUGCUGCAGCUGGUGGUGACAGACAAGGAUUCUUCUCACAACGGUCCUCCUUUUCUCUUCACCAUCCUGAGUGGAAACGAGGAGAGCACUUUCCAGAUUAACCAUCAGGGAGUGCUGACAACUGCUGCUGCCCUGAACCGCAGAGUGAGAGACCACUACUUACUUCACGUGAAGGUGGCAGACAAUGGAAAACCACAGUUGUCAUCUUUGGCUUACGUUGACAUUAGAGUCAUUGAGGAAAGCAUUUAUUCUCCAGCAAUUCUACCACUAGAAAUCUUUAUUACAGCCUUUGGGGAAGAAUAUUCUGGUGGUGUCAUUGGAAAAGUUCAUGCGACUGAUCAGGAUGUUUAUGAUACUUUGACCUACAGUCUGGACCCGAAAAUGGAAUCCCUGUUCUCUGUUUCCAGUACUGGAGGCAAACUAAUAGCGCACAAAAAAUUGGAUGUAGGACAAUAUCUCCUAAAUGUCACUGUUACAGAUGGAAAAUUUACAACCUCAGCUGAUAUUACUGUGCAUAUCAGACAAAUAACACAGGAUUUGCUAAACCACAGCAUUGCAAUCCGCUUUGCAAACCUUGCGCCUGAAGAAUUCAUUGGUGAUUAUUGGCGCAAUUUCCAACGAGCUCUAAGAAACGUCCUGGGCGUGAGGAGAAACGACAUCCAGAUUGUUAGUUUGCAGCCUUCUGAUCCUCCUUCCAACCUUGACGUCCUCCUGAAUAUUGAAAAAUCUGGCAGCUCUCAGCACCCUAUGAGAAUUUUGCUCCACAAGAUAAACUCCUCUGUGGCCGACCUGGAGGAGAUCUUAGGUGUCCGGAUAAUUGAUGUUUUCCAUAAGCUUUGUGCAGGCCUAGACUGUCCUUUGAAAUUUUGUGAAGAAAAAGUAACAGUGGAUGAGAACAUCAUGUCAACUCACAGCACAGCCAGGCUGAGUUUUGUCACUCCACGUCAUCACAGAACAGCAGUUUGUCUCUGUAAAGAAGGGAGAUGCCCUCUGGUGAAUAGCGUGUGUGAAGGAAACCCCUGCCCCGAAGGCACUGAAUGUCUAGGAGAUCCAAAGGAAGGAAAAUACUCCUGUGUUUGCCAUGACAGCAAAACUGGACAGUCACCGGCUGGGUCUGCUGUGACAUUUAGCGGGAGCAGCUACGUGAAAUACCGUCUCCUGGAAAGCGAGAACAAGGAGGAGAUGAAGCUCACGAUGCGGCUCAGGACGUACUCCGCUCACGCCGUCGUCAUGUAUGCUCGAGGCACAGACUACAGCAUCCUGGAGAUUCACCAUGGAAGGCUGCAGUAUAAAUUUGACUGUGGCAGCGGGCCUGGGAUCGUCUCCGUUCAGAGCAUCCAGGUUAACGAUGGCCAGUGGCAUUCAGUUUCCCUCGAAGUGGACGGAAAUUACGCACGGCUUGUCCUGGACAGGGUGCACACGGCGUCCGGCACCGCGCCGGGCACCCUGCGCACGCUCAACCUGGACAACCACGUGUUUUUCGGUGGCCACAUUCGGCAGCAGGGCACAAGGCACGGCAGAAGCCCUCAGGUUAGCAAUGGUUUCAGAGGGUGCAUGGACUCUAUUGUACUCAAUGGACAAGAGCUGCCCCUGAACAGCAAGCCACGAAGUUACGCACACGUGGAGGAAUCUGUCGAUGUGGCUCCUGGGUGCUUGCUGACCACCACCGAAGGUUGCUCGAGCAGCCCCUGUCAGAACGGAGGCAUCUGUAAUGCCCUGUCAAACGGAGGUUACUACUGCAAGUGUCCUCCUCUGUUCAUGGGAACUCACUGUGAUGUAAGUGUCAACCCAUGUGCUUCCAACCCCUGCCUUUAUGGUGGUACUUGCAUCCCCGUCAGUGAUGAUUUCAUCUGCCAGUGCCGGGGACAGUACACAGGCCAAAGAUGUCAGUUGGGUCCCUAUUGCAAAGACAAUCCUUGUAAAAACAGUGGCAAGUGUAUUGACAGUUUGGAUGGCCCUGUUUGUGAGUGUGAAGCAGGCUUCCGUGGAGAAAGGUGUUUGGCCGACGUCGAUGAGUGCGUAGAAAACCCGUGUCUUAACGGCGCCCUGUGUGAGAACACGUAUGGCUCCUAUCACUGCAACUGCAGCCACGGAUUUGGAGGAAAACACUGUACAGACAUUGUUCUGAACAAAUACGUUUCAACGUCCUGGAACAUCAGCUUAGCUGAAGUAAUUGGAAUUAUCGUUUUCAUCGCAGGAAUACUCCUGUUAGUUGGGCUUUUUGUUAUUUGCCGCAAAGUGAUUAGCAGAAAGAAGAAACAUCAGCCAGAGCCUGAAGACAAGCAACUGGGAGCUACAACAGCUUUCUUGCAAAGACCUUAUUUUGAUUCAAAACUGAACAAGAACAUUUAUUCUGACAUCCCGCCACAAGUUCCUGUCCGUCCCAUUUCCUACACUCCGAGCAUCCCAAGUGACUCCAGGAACAAUCUUGACAGGAAUUCCUUUGAGGGCUCUGCCAUCCCCGAGCACCCAGAGUUUAGUACUUUUAACCCAGAUUCUGUGCAUGGGCACCGAAAAGCUGUAGCUGUUUGCAGUGUGGCACCAAACCUGCCACCUCCACCCCCCUCCAACUCUCCUUCUGACAGCGAUUCCAUACAGAAACCCAGCUGGGAUUUCGACUAUGACACUAAAGUGGUAGAUCUUGAUCCCUGCCUUUCCAAAAAGCCUCUGGACGAGAAGAGCUCUCAUCCCUACAGCGCUCGAGAGAGCCUGUCCGAGGUGCAGUCCCUCAGCUCCUUCCAGUCCGAAUCGUGCGAUGACAACGCUUCCAUAGUGACUGUAAUACACCUUGUCAAUGCUGUUGUUGACUCGGUGGAAAAAGAAGAAUCUUUUGCUGUUCCUGACCUCAGCAAUUCAAGAGGUUAUCACUGGGAUACAUCAGACUGGAUGCCAAGUGUCCAAUUGCCAGGUAUCCAAGAGUAUCCAAAUUACGAAGUGGUUGAGGAGGCAGCUCCCCUCUACACCGAUCCCAACGCCAUCGACACAGACUAUUACCCUGGCGGUUACGACAUAGAGAGCGAUUUCCCACCGCCACCCGACGACUUCCCCGCGCCCGACGAGCUCCCACCGCUGCCGCCCGAAUACAGCGACCAGUUUGAGUCCAUACAGCCACCCAGAGACAUGCCAGCCGCAGGCAGCCUGGGCUCCUCCACGAGAAGCAGGCAGAGAUUCAACCUGAACCAGUACCUCCCCCACCACUACCCCGCAGACAUGUCAGAGCCCCAGACCGCGGCCGGCGGCGGCGGCGCUUACCGAGACCCGUACGCUCCCUUCGCGCUGGGCUUCGGCAGAGACUUGGAGGCGCCCGCCGCAGACAGCCUGUCCGUGUCCGUGUACGCCUCCACGGCGUCCUGCUCCGACGUGUCCGCCUGCUGCGAGGUGGAGUCCGAAGUCAUGAUGAGCGACUACGAGAGCGGCGACGACGGCCACUUCGAAGACGUGAAAAUUCCGCCACUCGAUUCCCAGCAACACACAGAAGUCUGACACGCUCAACAAAAGUGCCUGGACUUUAACAAACUCUGUCAAUGCUAGAACCACCUUCAAGAGCUUUUUUUAUUUUCUUUUCUUCUUUUAAUUUUUUUUUCCCCAGCCACAGUG